AUGAAAAAGAGUUAUCUUGCAUGGAUUCUCAUUCUGUCAUAUGCUCAAAUACUCCUACCAAGCUUGGUUCUUGCAAAUCCCCAGAAAUUAGAGCAAGAAAAUCACAGCACAAGCAGAAAAGUGGAUUAUGAUGCACAUGCUCAUGACAAAGAAUUUGUAGCAGAACGUGAAAUAAUCUGGACAGAAAAGGGACGGUUGGGGAGAGGACCUUAUGGUAGUCCAAAGGUGAAUCAACGUCGACCCAAAAAGAAUGCAGCAGCACUGUUAUAUACGCCUUCGUUGGUCAUUUCUAUGACGUUUUUUACUCUUACCAUCGCCUUUGCCUAA